AUGUCGGACGCCGAACUUUCAGAUGGAAAAGUGCCACAAGGCCAAAAACUGCCUAUUGAUAAACCGUGGUUUAAGGAGGCUUACGAAUCUGCUCUGAAGUUCUACGCCAAAGACGACAUAUUAGAUACUCGGGAUAGACUCGAACUCUCGAAGACAUAUGUUUCAAUCGCGAGAGCUCAACUCUGGGGCGGAUGGACUGCUUUUACUCUCGUUUUCGGGACUCCUUUCGCUCUUCAACUAUACAAGACAAAGGCGAUUAAGGGCGUGAAAGUGCCUCGAAAUUUUGUUUUUGGGCUGAUUGCUAUGGGAUUGACAGCUCAAACAUGCGGAAAAUACAUGUACAAUUUCCAGCUCUCAAAACUUGACCCUAAUAACACCCUGGAAGCUAGCGACAGUUCAGAUCAUUAUGGUGACUCCAAGACCGCGGACUUUUCUCAACCAAUCUCUAAUACACCAAGUCGAGAACUGCGACAAUACGAGAUGCUCAAACUGUUGGGCUACGGAAUGGCUCCCAAAUGGGGCCAAUAUUUCUAUUCGACAUACACAAACCCAGAUCGAAGAUUACCAGACCCCAAAGCCAAGCUGCAAGAAAUGCAAAAUAACCAAGGCCCUCGGGUUUCCCCCUUUUUGAACCAACGCGAUCCCCUAGGAUUGUACUCUGGACCAAAGUUUGACAAGAAAGAAGGAAUUCCUCAAAUGAAAGAAAGGCUAUCGGACCAAGAAACUCCAAUUGAUGAUGAUGAUCCCUUGGGACACCUAACAAACGAGGCCCGUGAACCGUCGCUCUCCUCCUGGCAAAAAGUGCGUCAUGAAAGUGGUGUUGUUGAAGGGCCCACUGGAGAUAGAUGGACCCAGAUAAGAUCAUCACCAUCUGAUCAACGACAGCCCAUUUCACCCAGUAGUCACGAAGAACAUAACGACUUUGAAACACUACUGGAGAAAGAAAGACGUGGUGAGGAUUCUGUAUAA